CCUGGGUCUCUGUCGUAAAACACUGACUGGAUUGUCGUACCUUACUUUUGCUACAUUUUGAAUCCAUUCGCGCAUUGAAGCUACCUAGAUUCCAAAUUUGACAGCUGGGUAUGGGAAUGUAACACAUGGUGAUGCGUCUCAUUUUGAUUUGUCAAGCUAAAUGAAACUUAGAUAUAUUUGGAACUAUACUCAAUCUAAACCAUGCAUUUGUAAACCUCCGUUGACUAGAUAUCCUAAAUUUAUUAAUUUACGACAAGUCAUUCAUUGGGGAGAUGUUGUGCUGUAUUAGGUAGCUAUUGCUAGCUGUAAACACUGCAAAAUACAGAGACUGACUAAAAUAUGAGGAGUAUUUGAACAUAUUUAAAAGAUUCACCAAACCCGCCGCAGUUUAUGAAUUUGAGGUAGUUCGCAAUUAAGAGAAGAACAAUGACGCUGGCACCGAAGGAACUUUCCAAUCUUUUGGGGAUAAUUUCGGAAGAGGCGUGCAGCAACACUUUCGAAAGUCUUUCAACUGCCUUCCAUCACUAUUUCGGGAAAGCCGAGCAUUUCCGUGUGGGCUCGGUGCUGGUCAUGCUUCUGCAACAGCCGGACCUCCUGGCCGUCCUGCCCAGUUCUCCGCAGCGCCUCACGGCUCUCUACCUGCUCUGGGAAAUGUACCGCACAGAGCCGCUGGCCGCCAACCCCUUUGCGGCGGUCUUCGCUCACCUUUUAAAUCCAUCACCGGUUGGGGAAGAACAGGAGAAGCCACUCUGUGGCUUCCUCCCACCCAUAACACAGCAGGAGAAGUUCUUCCUGUCCCAGCUCAUGUUGGCGCCCCCUAGAGAGCUGUUUAAGAAGACACCCAGACAGGUAUCCUGCAUGGACGUGGGGAACAUGCCCCAGUCUGUGGACAUAAGCGGGCUUCAGCUAGCCCUGGCAGAACGCCAGUCAGAACUGCCAACGCAAAGCAAGGCCAGCUUUCCCAGCAUCCUUAACGACCCAGACCCAGACUCUUCUAAUUCAGGAUUUGACAGCUCAGUAGCCAAUCAGAUCACAGAGGCCUUGGUCACCGGCCCUCGGCCCCCACUGGAGAGUCACUUCCGGCCAGAGUUCAUCCGCCCGCCGCCCCCCCUGCAUGUGUGUGAGGACGAGCUGUCCUGGCUGAACCCGUCGGAGCCGGAGCACUGUGUGCAGUGGGACCGCACCAUGUGCGUGAGGAACAGCACCGGCGUGGAGAUCAAGCGCAUCAUGUCCAAGGCUUUCAAGAGCCCGCUGUCAGCUGCGCAGCAAUCACAGCUCCUGGGAGAGCUGGAGAAAGACCCCAAGCUGGUGUAUCACAUCGGGCUGACCCCGGCUAAGCUGCCCGACCUUGUGGAGAACAACCCGCUGGUCGCCAUAGAGAUGCUGCUGAAGCUGAUGCAGUCCAGUCAGAUCACAGAGUAUUUCUCUGUGCUGGUCAACAUGGACAUGUCCCUGCACUCCAUGGAGGUGGUCAACAGGCUAACAACAGCAGUUGAUCUACCUCCAGAAUUCAUUCACUUGUACAUCUCCAACUGUAUCUCCACCUGCGAGCAGAUCAAAGACAAAUACAUGCAGAACCGCCUGGUCCGCCUCGUCUGCGUGUUCCUGCAGUCCCUGAUCCGAAAUAAGAUCAUCAACGUGCAGGACCUGUUCAUCGAGGUGCAGGCCUUCUGCAUUGAGUUCAGCCGGAUCCGGGAGGCCGCGGGGCUCUUCCGCCUGCUCAAGACCCUGGACACAGGGGAGACCCCUGCAGAGGUCAAACCUGCCAAAUAGUGCCCAGCCUCUGGGCUGACCCACUUACUGACACAAACCUCCCCCUUUCACACCCGCCAAAUAAGGGCCUGCGUUUGGAGUGACCCACAUUGUCCUGCUCGGAUCUCAAUCCCUUUGUGUUUAUUUGUGUAAAAAGAUCUGUACUUUUUAAAAUGUUCAUU